AACGUGCUGCAUCGCGUGAUUACUCGGCUGAUCGCCAUAGUGGCGAGGAGCGCCGCAAGAUCUCAACGCGCAAUAUGGAAGCGAAGAAGUAUGACAACAUACCGUCAUUGAGCUCCGUCACAUUAGACUCAGCAGCAGUGCGUGUUAUGAAAACAAAGGAACGCUGUAAAUAUCACCCGACUUGCACCAAACAAUUUUGUGAUUAUUAUCAUCCGACGGCGCCAUGCAAGAGUUUCCCCAAUUGCAAAUAUGCAGAUAAAUGUCUAUACUCGCAUCCGCACUGCAAGUACGAUCUCGCCUGCACGAAUCUUGACUGUAACUAUGCACACAGUGGGCCGCGUGAUCCGGCGCAGCUGGUGCCGCAAGCGCCGCCCUUAUCUUCCCAUGUCGUGCCUGUGCAGAAUUACAAAUCGAUUUCAGCCACAGCUGCCGCCAACACCAUGUGCAAAUACUAUCCUACAUGCACCAAGGUGGGCUGCACCUUCUAUCAUCCCAAAGCAUGUCGCUUUGGCAAAAACUGCAUUAAUAAAUUGGAGUGCAGCUUCUAUCAUCAUGAAGUACAGAGCAGCAACAAAUUUAAAUGGGUCGCAUCGGUUGUUUAAAACCAACCCAUUGCUGGGUUCUAUAUUCGCUUCUAACGUACAGAUUUAGUAAAUAUAUUUAAAUUUUGGAUGUGAAUGUCAUUGCUACAAUGCAAAUUUAUUUAUAUUUACAACUAAAAUUAUAAAAAUUAUUGCCACGUAGUCAUGCUUUACGUAAAUACAAAUGAAAAAGGGGAACAAAAACAAAAAUAUAAAAAAUUUUAAAUAAUUAAACAAAAUAAAAAUUCUCGCAUAAUAAUAAAUCAACAGCAUACAUACAUAUAUUGUAAACUAUAUAUAACUAUACAAAAUGAUAUCGAAAUAGUGUUUGCAGUGAUUUCUUGAAAAAUACAUAGAAUAGUAACCGUUUUUUUGAAUUUUACGGCUUAUCAAGUAAUUAUAAAUGCAAACAAAAAAUGUAAUAAAGUUAUAAAUC